UUAAAAAAUAUAUUUAAAAAAUAAAUAAAAUAAAAAGCGCUGCCCACUUGGCGGCUGCUACUUUCGUUUUCUCCGUAACAACAACAAAUUCAACACGGUGGACACCGAACUGGCUCAAAGGAACAACAACAAAUUGAAACAGGUCCUCACACAUGUGGCAGUGAGCGGAAAGUUGAAGCGCAUCGGCAGGUUAAAUACAUUGGACAAAGUUUGGAGAAGUGAUGAAGUCAUGAGACCGACAUUCGAUCGACGCCUCUGGAUAUUAUUGUUCAUUAUUUUAGUACAAUGCACCACCUAUACACUGCAACAAAAUAUCAAUGCCAAGUCGUUGUUGAGGACGACACCCGCCGAGCACGCAGCCAGCAAAUGGCGCAGCAUAUCAGAGCAGAGGCCGCAGCUGGUGCAGAGUUCGCUCGAGCUUGCGGCGGACGCACAGAGAAUGCGCCAGCUGGCAGCUGACCAUAAGCCGGUGGUGGGUCAUAGCAGUGCGCCCUCCAAGUGUGCCAAGAACUGCGCCAAGGCAAAGGUGGCCAAGUGGAAGGCGCAGCUGAAGAGCCAUCGCGUGCACCAGGCGCAUCGGGCAGCCCCGCACAAGGAGGCCAAGCCGCGAUUGCGCCGCGAGACGGAGGAGGAGGAGCUGGAGCUGCCCGCGGUCAUGUCCAGUGCCACCACAAUGGCGACGAGUGCCACCGCCACGACGUACGCAAACCGAACGCUCUCCGGGCUGUUGACUACGAUGAAGGCGAAACGCGCUCGGUCGACGGUGCAUCUGGCGCCGGAAGAUCUGAAGCCCAAGCCCAAGGAGCCCGUCAUCAUUAUCGAUGAUGUGGAGGAGUUCGACAGUGGCACCGCCACGCGCGAUCUGUUUGCCAAGAGUCGCGAGGCGGACCUGAUGGACGACGAGGGCCCGCUGGAGGGUCCGCGGGCGUUGCCCCUGCGCCCGGUGCUGCCCAAUCCCUACGAGGACGAGGAGAUGUCGGUGGUCUAUGCCGAGCAGCACUCGGAGAUUAGGCUAAUGUGCGAGGUCGACCUGGACAUAUCCUCCAGCAUGUGGUACAAGAAUGGCCAGGUGGUGCAUGCCAUGGACCGCACGACGCGCGUCACCGACUAUCGCUUUAUCAAGGAGGCUAAUGGAGCGCUAACCAUCACCAAUGUCAUGCUCGAGGAUGACGGCAAAUGGCAGUGCGAGGCGGAGAACACGCGACGGUAUACGGAAAAUGCUCGGCCCGUCAAGCUGGUCGUCCUGGAUCGCCCGAAGCCACCGUAUUUGCUGAUAGAUUCGCGUCGCCUGGAUGCGGGCAACAUCUUUGUGCCAGUCAAAGAGAACUCGGAGCUGAAUUUGGCCUGCGUCAGCGAGGGCGGCAAUCCGCGGCCCACGCUCACCUGGGAGGUGCUGCUCAGUCCCGGCGUGGAUCGGCAUGCCCAGAAGGUGUCCGCCGAGGUGCUGGAGCUGGAGGAGAUCAAGAACGAGAAGGAUAAGAACGGCUACAAAAUCAACAGCGGCGCCAAGAGCGAAGCGCGUCUGCCCGCCGUCUACAGGGCCCAUCACAAUGCAAGGAUUUUAUGUGUCAUGGAGCAUCCCACACUGAAGAUACGCCAGAAUGCCUCGCUACUCCUGGAUGUGCAGUAUACGCCCUCGUUCGCCAUCUCGCGCACACCUGGCUUUGGUUAUCCGCUGCGCGAGGGCAUCGAAGUUAGCCUCAAGUGCGAUGUCGACUCAAAUCCUCCGAGCACGCCGCGCUGGCAGAAGGACGACGGUGACACGCCGGUACCACAAACUGGCGAUGGUUUCCUCAACUUUACCUCCAUUCGACGGGAGCACUCCGGCUGGUAUAAGUGCACAUCCCGGCAUCUGAACUUUCAAUACUCCUCGAUUGGCUAUUACCUCAGCGUGCGCUACGACUCGGUGGAUGUCACAUCGGAGCCAGAUGAUCAAGAUGUCUCCGUAGCCGCUGCCUCGCACAAUCCCAACAAGGGGCAGCUGGAGGUGCAGCUCGGCGGUGCGGUGACACUUCAGUGUCCACAAGGCUCCCUGGGCUGCUGGUCACAUUUGGAUCCGGUUUCGGCACGUCUGCGUGGCCUUGGCUACGGCAGCUCGACUCCGACGGGUCAAUUCUCGCUCAAGGAUGUCAUGUACCAGGAUGCGGGCACCUACAAGUGCGUGGGCCAAUCCCCCGCCAACAAGAAGAAGCUCGAAGUGCUGCAAAGUGUCGUCGUUUCAGUCAAGGGUGCGCCCACAGUUGUUGCCCUGAAUGCCACGCCUGUCGCCUAUCCGGGCUCCCCUCUGCACUUGAAUGUGGAGUUCUGCGCCAAUCCGCCGGCGCAUGCGGCACGCUGGCUGCACGGCGAUCGCGUCUUUACGCCGGGCAAUCAGUACGGCAGCACCGUGCUCGCCUACUCGGUCAAGGAUCUGCCUACGCCCUACUGCAAGGAGGCGCGCCUGACCUAUGUCAGCAUGCAUGAGCGUGUGCCGCGCACGUUCUACUUCAUUGUCUCGUCGCCAGGUGGCGUCGCCGAGGCCGUCUUCAAUGUGAACUUUACGAAGCGCCACCGCCAGAUGUCGAACGCCAUCGACGAUGACGAGGAGGAGGAGCUCAAUCGGCCAGAGCAAAUCCAUUUUCCGGUUUUCAGCAAUAACACGGCGAGCGGGCGGACGGUGGCCUCCAUGGACCUCCAGCUGGCCCUGGCGCUAACUCUAUUCGGUGCCACGCUCCUGCAGGCCCAUUAAUUUUUAAGAGAGUGAAAGAGACAAACACAAAGUGCGAACGAGAGAAGCGAGUGUGCGAGUGUGUGUGAAUGAAAGAGAGAAUGUCGACUAUAAACGCAUGCAAUUUAUUAUGCUAUGUACUACGUACUACCCCUCUAUGUCUAAGCCCUUAUAUGCAUACAUAUAUACAUACAUAUAUCUACUAUAUAAACAUAUGUACUACUAUAUGCUAUUGCCCAGAACUACUACCACUACUAAUACUAUUCUAAAGCUAUGUGUAUGUGUAUUUGUAACCAAUUAGCAAAAGCAUCAAAAUGAAAUUAUGCCACUUGAACCCUGUCCCACACCCUCACCCUCCUACCA